GUUGGGCAGGUUUGAGGGACGGAGGCGGUCGGGAGAGCGCUGGAAUCGCGCAGGGUCUCCUGCAGAGCUGGGAAUCCAUGGAGCUGGAAUCCCCCAUGGCCCCGUGCCCGAGGUGAAAGCAGAAAGGACAGGAACUCUGUCCCCUCUGAACACCCCAAGUGCAGGCAGCAGUGUUACCAGCCCCCAGCUGCAUCCCUGGCAGUGUGGAACUGAGCACUCUCAUGGCUGCUGCAGACCCUGUCCUGCCCCCCGAGGAGGUGGCUCUGCUGGAGCUGGGCAAGGUGGCCCUGGACAAGGUGCCACCAGCCCCAGAUGAGCACCUGGGAGACCCUGAUGCCACCCUGCCAUGGGACCAGAGUCAGCACAAUGCCCGGGGCCAGCUGGAGCUUGUGGAGACAAAGAAGCGCUCAAGUCCUGAGGGAGGCCAUGAAGACCCAGAGGAAGCUGUUCCCACCUGCCCCACAGCUGAGGCCGAAGAUGAGGAAGUUCCCCAGCUGCCCGUGAUGGCAUCCCACGUCUUUGUGCCCAUUGACCCGCAGUGCAUCGAGCAGAGCCCCUUCAAGCAGAAGCAGCACCCGACCCCAUGGCCCCGGGAGGAGGGCAGGGGGGAUGUUCCCCCCAGUGUCCCCUCCAGUGACAGAGCCAGCAGCCUUCACCACAAGCAGGUCUUCCUCCCCCUUGGCCCCUCGCGCUACAGGAACCCACCGGGCUUUGAGGGGCGCAUGGCCAAGCCCCUGGCUGAGGGCUCGCAGUGCCCGUGUGCCAGGGACUGUGGCACUGAUAACCUCAAGGCCGUGGCAUCGGUGGCAGGGGCCCUGCUCCUCUGCCCUUGCCUCAUCUAUGGAGCCUACAUCUUCCUGCCCUUCGAUGCCCCGCUGCUGCCCACCGUCAGUGCCCGCCUGGUCUACACACUGCGCUGUGCCACCUUUGCCACCUUCCCCAUCGUGCUGGGAAUGAUCGUCAGCGGCAUCUCCCGCCUCUGCUCCUCUGCCCUGGAGCCCUUUGGAGAGCUCCAGCGGGAGGUGGAGAUCCACCGCACUUACGUCUCCCAGUCCGUGCACCUCUUCAUCCUCUACUUCUUCAACAUGGCCGUGCUGGCCACCUACCUCCCACAGGAGCUCCUCAAGCUCAUCCCACUGCUCACAGGGCUCUUCGCCAUCUCCAGGUUGAUUUUCUGGAUGUCCUAUGCCAUCGGCCGCUCCUUCCGUGCCUUUGGCUUCAGCAUGACCUUCCUGCCCCUCCUGGCCAUGCUGCUCUGGAACCUGUAUAGCAUGUUUGUGCUGGAGCCUGAGAACCUCCUCUCCCUGGCACUGCCAACGCCCGAGAGCCGCUCCAAGGAGAGCAGAGCUAAACUCCGCCACUGGGGCUGAAGGAGGCCAUGAGAUGGAGUGCCUGCAUCCUAUAGGUUUGAGCUUCCUUCAUGCCCUGCCUCAAGAGUCCUGACAGCUGACAGAUCCUGCUGGGCUCCUUCUCCCUGCCUGGACAUAGGGAGGUUUUGCUGGGCACACAGAACCAGCUGCAGACCCUCUGCACCAGGAGACUCCUGCUGGAAGGUGAACAAGAGCAGGACACACUGAGCCCUGCUCCCUGGGAAUGGGUGGGAUUUGCUUCCCCUCCUGCUGGAGCCAGCUUUGCCCAAUAAAGCCCUUACCAAGCAGC